GUCAGUUGCAUUUUGCAGUUGUCAGAUAAUCUUCAUAUGUGAACUUUCUCUAUGUAUACAGUUAGGAUAAUAAUCCAUUUAAAACAGUUUUUUUGCGUUUAAUUGAAUGUGUUCUAUUGAACAUAAAAAUAUAGUGCAUCCCGGUUAUAAAUCUUAGUGAAAAGUGUUAUAAUGAAGUUAUGUUAAUAGUGUAUUUCACUCAGUGAUGGGCUCUAGAAUAAGGGAGAACGUGAAACAUUUUUUUGAAUGUUUCUGCGAAGUUGUUCCUCCAAGAGGUAAAAAUGAGCCAUGGAUUAUACAACAGUAUCCGGAAAAGUACAAGGACGAGGAAGUUUUAAAAGCUGUACCGAAAUUUGCUUAUCCAUAUAAAUUUGAAAAUGAUGUGAUACAACACUAUUCGUUUGUGCUGACAGACUUGGAAUCAAAAUGGACUUUUGGCUUUUGUAGACAUGAUCCUAAAUCUGAAACAGCAAUCGUAGUUCUUAGCUAUUUACCAUGGCAUCAGGGAUUUUACAAAUUUCUAGAUACUACGGCAGUAUUAAUGCACAGUUCAAGAACAGAAGAUCUCAGCGAAUUUUUAACGGCAGUAUACAAUGCAAAGAUCGCGGAACCUGGCCGAAAAUUUGUAGUUACGUUUAAUAGGGGAGAUAGUACUUUCACCGUUGAUGUUCCAAGGCCGUUUCAGUUGCCCAGUAUACCCGAAAAUAGAAACCUCACAGAAUAUUUUAAUGCAGUCGAUACGCAUACAAUGUCUGUUAUCUUUGCAUCGAUGCUUUUUGAAAGAAGGAUAAUAUUUACUUCGAAGAAACUGAAACGACUUAGCGCUUGUGUACAAUCAGCCAACGAUCUUAUAUACCCCAUGAUAUGGCAACAUAUAUUUAUACCGGUGUUGCCGAUGGCGCUGAUGGAUUAUCUAUUGGCUCCCAUGCCUUUUCUUAUUGGAGUGCCUGAAGAAGUAUUUAAGCAAGUUAGAAGAAGUGAGAUAGGUGAUGUUGUAGUUCUAGAUACUGAUGCCAAUACAAUAGAAGAUCCGUUUGAUGAUCUAAACGUUCUCCCAAUAGAAGUAGUAAAUUCUUUACGAAAGCAGCUAAAAAACAAACAAUUAGGUGACGGUGUGUCCAGAGCAUUUUUAAGAGCAUUGGUACAGUUAAUCGGAGGUUAUCGGGACGCUCUAAAAUUUCAACCAGGUCAGAAAGUUACAUUUGAUGAAGAACGAUUUAUCGAGACAAGGCCACCAUCGUUGCAGCCAUUUUUAAGAGAAAUGCUGCACUUACAAAUUUUCCAGCAGUUUAUUGAAGAACGAUUGACGAUGUUGAACACCGGUCAAGGCUUUUCGGAUGAGUUUGAGUUCGAAAUAGAAGGUUAUUCUGCAAAAUCGGGUUCAAAACUAAAACAACAAUAUAAGGAAUGGACGACGACGAUGAAAAAGGAAGGAACUGCGUUUUUCAAAAGCGUAAAGGAUAAGGCUAAUCCGGCUAUGAAAUCUGCUGUAAAAACGGUGAAGGAUGGUGGUAAAGGAGUAAAAAGUGCCUAUAAAGGAUUGCGAUCGAAACUCAAAGACAACCCAAGUCCACUUCAACUAGAAAACGGCCUUGAACGAGGCGACAAACAUCGAUCUGCCCCCAAUUCUCCUACUGGAAAGCGGAGUACUAUAGCUGGUUUCAGUGCACCUGUCGCCACUUACCGCAAAGAUGCAGCUCUAGCUCUUAAAAACUCAGCUAUGCAAAGAUCUUACAGUCCACUUAGUCCUAGUUCUCAACCGAUGUCGCCUGAUGUUAUUGAUAGCCCUCGCAGCGGAAGUCCCGUCGAGAUACCUCAGAUCGAUUUAAUGAAUGAGAUGGAAGACUUGUUACAGUUUCGACUCGAUACGCCACCAGUCGACAGAUCUCUUAAGCCAGUGCGAAGCUUAGAAAAUUUCAAAAACACGUCACCCUUAAACAGCCCGGAUAGAUGGGCGGUAAAUACCCGCGCUAGCGCACCCAUGGCAUCCCCCUCUAAUCGCUUCUUCCUCCAAAACCUUGGCCAUUCCCAAGAAACCCAAAACCUCCUACAAUCUCCCGACGAAAUAUUUCUCUCUCCUCCUUCGGUUCCUCCCAGAAAACCGCCUAGAGACGCUAGCAGGAAUCUCUUUAGCAGCACGCCAUUUGUGGUGGGUGGUGGGCACAGCGAGAACGGAGACCCUUUAUUUUUUGUCGCUAAUCAGCAUUCCGUUGAUAUUGUUAAGUUGUCGCCUCCAUCGCAUUCGCCUCGGCGGAAGAACCAAGAGACUGAAGACUUAAUCAGACUGGACUCUACAUCAGAUAUCGACGAUUUCGAUCCUCUCGUAUCUAAAUCCACACCAACGCUUUCCGGUAAUAAAAACAAACUUCCACUAACGAUAUCAAAUCCUCUGUAUACCUAUGAAAACAGCAGUAUUAAACAAAACGGUGGCGUUUCGAACUCUAGUUUCCAACAACAGCAACAAGUGCCCAGAGAGACGCAGAAUGACCAAGAUUUACUGCAGGAGUACGGCUUAAACUUUAAUUUCUCCAACGUACAGAAUCAGAACAAUUUCGAUCCAUUUGGUAACAGUAGUAAAGUCAAUGUGAAGAGCCAGUGGACAAAGUUUGAUUGAAAGUGAUAUUGUGAACGAGCCAUUGAUUUAAAACAUAUUUUAAUCAAAUUUAAAUCUAUUUUUGGCUUGGCUUAUUUUCAUUCUCGCUGGUAUAUUUAGUUCAGCAACUUAUUUGCAAAAUAGUGACAAGAUAUCUAGAAGUAUACAAGUUUGCCUAAAGUUUGUUUAAAAAUACGUUGCGGGAAAAUGUAAGUUUAGGAAACAAAUAGUUAUUGCCAGAUAAUGAAAUAGUUUAUUAUAAUUUGUUUC